UGUACGUAUCAUAAUGAUGACAUGUUUACAAGAUCUAAUUUUUGACUAUAAAUGAGGCACCAAAAUCGUGGAAAUUUAGUUAUCAUUCAAGUGUAUCGACAAUAAACAUGUCUAAGCAAUUGAUGGUUUGUUUGGUUCUGGUUGCGGUUUUGGGAGACCAAUUCAUGCAAAUUGAAUGUGGUGAUGGACGUGCGUUGGCUGGCAAAGUAAAGGGAACCAUGACACAAGGUCUAUCAAAUGCCGUUGAGCCAGCAGAGAAUGAUAUUGUUGGAAUAGUAAAAUGUGCGGUUGAUGUAAUGGAUGGCAUUGCUAGUGAAUUUAAUUGCGGCCAGAUAUGGCAUGAUAUUCAAGGACAAUCGGUGAAAAAUGUCAAUAAUCUAUUCCUGUGUCUCAAGUCGACGGGCUUCACACUUAAAAAAUGUAUUGCCAAAGAAGCGGUUGGAAUCGGUUUAAAUGCGUUUAGUUUCUUGAAAAAAUUGGAUUCGGAAUCUCCCGAGGCUGCCAAACAGUUGCGUAUCCGUAUUGUUGAUAGAUGUGCCAACUCACAAUGAAUUGAAUAGAACUUUCGUUUUGUAUACUUUAAAAGGUUUCUCAAUACCUAGAAUAUCUCUAAGCAUAGUUCAUCGAAAUGCUUCAAAUUAAAGUAUCACACAAAAUCCACAUACACACAAUUCAAACGACUUUGAU